GUAGUGAUUUUAGAUGAGCCAACAGCUGGGCUAGAUCCAGAUGCCCGACGUCAAGUGUGGGAUAUUCUGCAGUGCGAGCGACAUUCGCGCACACUUCUUGUGACUACGCAUCAUAUGGAUGAAGCAGAUUACCUGGGUGACCGCAUAGCAAUCAUGGCUAAUGGCCGGUUGCGUUGUCUCGGCUCUCCACUAUUUCUAAAGUCCAGAUUCGGUGCUGCUUAUCAAUUAACUAUAAUGAAGACUACUAAUUCUGAACACGAAUUGAUUGUCAAUCACGUACGCAAAUUCAUUCCAAACGCAGAACUACGCUCCAGCCUCGCAAAUGAAAUUGUAGUCCUGUUAUCGUUUGAAACAGUUGGUCGCUUCUCAGAACUUCUUAGAGACCUAGAUAUCAACAGAUUUACCCUAGGAAUACUUCAAUAUGGUAUCUCUAUCACCACUAUGGAGGAAGUUUUCUUCAGUUCUUUUAUUUAA